UAACAAGUAUCUUCUUCCGAGACGAUAUCAUCAGCAUGACUGAUCCGAAUGAGAGUUUGAUUAGACUGGUAUUGAUGAGCGUUAUCAAUAUGAUCAUCCACGGGCCACAGUUGCCCAAUCUGGAUGGUUUGAGGGAAGCAAGUUCCGAGUACAGACGAAGACGUUUCCGGCGGCACAGAGAAAAGAUGGAAGCACGCGCAAUGAAUCUCCGUCAUGCACUUCCUGAGACAGUUCGAGCGCAUAACAAUUGGGACGAUCCAUUUGAUUGACUGGAUAAUUACAGAUGGCUUUAAGAAGGCCCAGUACAAAGAAAUUAAAGGGCGCGAUCGGUCUGUUAAAGGGAAAAAUCUCAAAUUUACUGACACAGAAUGGGUUGAAAAAUUCAGCCAAAUGUUCAAAGAAAUGAACGAUACGAUCAACAAGAGGUUUGAUAAGAAAUCAAAAACAGAGAAAAAUGCCAAAUUGAAGCAGAAGGUCAUGCAAUCUAAGGUUAAAGUUCUAGGAACAUUUAUGGAGCUAUCGGGAAAAUUAUUAAACAUCCAACAGUUGAUUGAUGUUGGUAAAGUGUGUGUUGUAAAUGAGGCACACAAGCGACCAAAUAUGGAGACAAUUGUGAAUAUGUUGGACAGUGGCUAUCUAUCAAUCGGUACAAAAAUAAAACAUGUAUUUAAAAAUGCUUUCAAUAAACUGUUUAAAC